GUCUGUGGGCCCUGUUUGAGUAUGCGCGAGCGUUCCUGUUCCUUGUAAAUAUGCUGCCUUGGCUAAGAAUAAAUCAACGUAGGAUGAGUGAUGUGGUGGGGAAAUCUAUUUCUUCAGUGUGCCUGAAGCACACGCCGUGUGAGUGCCAAGGAUGUACCCCUGGAAUGGCUGCAAAGUGUGGAGGUUUCUGAGGUACAAGAAGCCAUUGAGACCAGAGAUGGUACGUUUUGUGCAGAAUUAGUGUCAUUUAAACACCCACAUGUUGCAAACCCAAGGCUGCAGCUUCCAUCUCCAGAGGAGAAGUGUCAACAAGUUUUGGAAUCUCCAUAUGAUGAAAUGUUUGCAGCCCACCUAAGGUGUACUUACGCUGUUGCAAACCACGACUUCGUAGAAGCAUACAAAUGCCAAACAGUUAUUGUCCAAUCUUUCCUGCGAGCGUUUCAGGCACAUAAAGAAGAAAAUUGGGCCUUACCUAUUAUGUAUUCUGUAGCCCUUGAUCUUCGAAUUUUUGCUAAUAAUGCAGAUCAACAGCUUGUGAAGAAAGGGAAAAGCAAAGUUGGUGACAUGUUGGAAAAAGCAGCAGAACUGCUGAUGGGCUGCUUCCGAGUCUGUGCCAGUGACACUCGAGCAGGCAUCGAAGACUCAAAAAAGUGGGGCAUGUUGUUUCUUGUGAAUCAGCUGUUUAAAAUUUAUUUUAAGAUCAACAAGCUCCAUCUCUGUAAGCCCUUAAUUAGAGCAAUUGACAGCUCAAAUCUGAAGGAUGAGUAUAGUAUGGCACAGAGAGUUACAUACAAAUACUAUGUUGGACGCAAGGCCAUGUUUGACAGUGACUUUAAGCAAGCUGAAGAGUAUCUCUCAUUUGCCUUUGAGCACUGUCACCGAUCAAGCCAGAAGAACAAAAGAAUGAUUUUGAUCUACUUGCUGCCAGUAAAAAUGUUGUUGGGCCAUAUGCCAACAGUUCAGCUCUUAAAAAAGUAUGACCUUAUGCAGUUUGCUGAAGUAACAAAGUCUGUGAGUGAAGGAAAUCUUCUUCUACUGAAUGAUGCUCUGACAAAGCAUGAGACCUUUUUUAUUCGAUGUGGAAUCUUUCUUAUCCUUGAGAAGCUCAAAAUCAUCACAUACAGGAAUCUCUUCAAGAAAGUAUAUUUACUACUCAAAACUCAUCAGCUAUCUCUAGAUGCUUUUCUGAUUGCUCUGAAGUUCAUGCAAGUAGAUGAUGUUGAUAUUGAUGAAGUCCAGUGUAUUUUAGCUAACCUUAUAUAUUUGGGUCACAUUAAAGGCUACAUAUCCCAUCAGCAUCAGAAGCUUGUGGUCAGCAAGCAGAACCCAUUUCCUCCACUGUCAACAGUGUGUUGUUGAGUAUUGCAUCUUAGCCAUGCAAGUACUCUUCAGAUGCUCGACUUGCCCAGUGGAACUGCUCCCAGUGACCCCAAGAACACUGUAAAUGGCCUGGUUCUUGUCCAGGACUGAAAUACCAGGAACUGUUUGUGGCUCCUUUCCCAGAAUGGCCAAGGCUGCCAGUGUUACAAAGUGCAUUGAAAUGAAAUGCUGACUUUUAAAUGGUCAUUUCCACAGGCUUUCUAGAUCAUUUCAGAGUAUUUCAUAAAGCAAAGCAUUCCAAAUUCCUUCUGAACUACUUAAAAGCUUUUAUAAAGUACUUCAUGUUACUAUUUCUGUGUUUAUUCUUCAGAGAGAAGUAUCAGCCUUUGUUACUUGUGUUAACCCAUUCUUCAGAGUGGAAGUAAUGUUUUCUUACAUGGUUUCCAGUUCUUUUUAAGUCUCAAUAAUUUUGCUGGUAUUAAAUAUUCUCUUCAAACUGUCUCUAAAAAACAGAGAAGUGUUUGACACCAAAA